AUGUUUCGCAAAGCCCAACGUCUCAAUGGAUUAAACAAAAAUACUAGUCAACCAAUAAAUAAAUUAACAAAACAAAAACAACAACGAAAAAUCAAAACAGAAAAUUUAAAUCAAAAUAAUGAAGGAGGGGAAGCCUCUUCAAUUUUAUUCAAUUUAUUGUCCCAACAAUUGGCCAACAAACAAUUAAUUAAUGCUACAAUUAGAGAACAAAUACAGCAACAAUUAUGUGCUAAAAACAACAAUGUUUGUAAUAAUCAGGAGCAGAAACAACAACAAAUUUACAAGUGUGGAUUGUGUAUUUUUCAGCAGCCCUCCUAUCCUUUACUUGUCUCUCAUUUACUUGGAGUUCACAAUACUUCCCCAUUUUGUUGUCAGUCUUGUAAUCGUUCUUUUACACAAAUUGUUUCUGCUGCUGAUCAUUUUGCUACAGACAAGUGUCCUCCUAAUGCAUUAAAGUGGAAUUUUUUGGUUGAUUCUGUUGUUGGAAAUGAACAUUUUGAGUCAAAUCAAACCCCAUUAAAUUUGUUUGGACAACGUUUAGCUGCAUCAGCUUCAAAUAAUAUUUUAUUUCAUCAAAAUAUGCAUCAAAAUGCCAAUUUUAAUGGUUUUGGAGGUCUUUUGCCUCCGGCAAUAUUUCCCUAUGGAUUACCAACAAUGGCAUUUCCUCCACAAUAUUCUGGUCAUUCAAUAGCUCAAUUACAUGGAAUUGGUCAAAAUUGUUGUUCUCCCGGUUCUGCCAUUUCUACAGCACCAUCUUACGCCUCAUUAAUUAAUAAUAAUUGUGAAAAGCCAAACCACAUGGAAAAGAAUAAUGAGGAUGAUAAUGUUGAAAUUGUGGAGGAUUUGAAGAGAGAAAUAAAAUCUUCCCAAUCACCAGAAUUAAAAAUACCAGCACCGGUCACAACAACAUGUCCUCUUCCAUACAAUUUCAAAUUACAACAAAAACAUUCGCCGUUGGAAGCAGAAACUGCUAAUAAAAACGAACAAAAUUUGGAUGAUACAGAGGAUUUUUGUGUUAAUGUUGAUGAUAUUAAAGUUGAGGAAGAAAAAUCUGGGGAUGAAUUACAAAAUGAAGAUGCUAUUAAGAAUACUUCGUUGGCUGCUUUAAUGCUUCUUAAUGUUGUACAAAUGCAGCAAAAAUUAACGGCUUUAGAUGAUACUCCAAAAACAACUCAACAAGAACAAGUAAUUUGCCCAACAACAUCUACCACGACCACAACAUCAGCAACUACCAACAAUAAUACUCCAUCGUUGGCUGCUUUUAGUCAAUUUUUGGCUGAAUUACAACAUCGAACUUCUACUGCUUCUUUUCAAUAAAAAAAUUUAAAAAUUAUGUGUUCGAGAGCUUUAUUAUUCCAGUCGAACUUCUUUAUAAGAUACACACACCCUUAAAGCUGGAAAAAUUGUCUCUUAUAAUGAGGCGUAUCUUAAAUAGAAGAUAUCG